AUGUCUGAACCAGCGAACGUUCGUCUGGUUCGUUGCCCAAAGUGCGAAAACCUACUACCAGAGGUCACUGAUUACUCUGUUUAUCAGUGUGGUGCUUGUGGUGCUGUUCUUCGAGCGAAGAAUAAUACUGUUGAGGCAGAUUCAUUCUCAGAGAAGUCUGAUGAAGAAAGGAUAAGAGGGGUUUCAGAGAAAUUUUCUGAGAAAUCGGAGAAUUUUGUCUUAUUGGAUAAACGAAUGGUGAGGCGGGAGGUUUUCAGUGAUGGGUCUGAGAAUGAUUGUAAGUCGAAUGGUAGUUCUAGUAGAUCUGAGAAGAGGAAAGAUUCGGUGAUAAGAGCUGAUAAGUGGGGUGUUGAAAAUGAUCUGGAGAUCAAUAAGAAUAUUGAUGAAUUCGGUCAUGCAAAGAUGUCAAAAGAAUUUGAGAACUUGAGACUGCAACAGGGAAAUGCAACUGGGUCAGGAAGGCGAAUGUCAGAUUGGAGAUUUGGGGAGAGAGGUGAGAUGGAGGGGAUGAGGAGGACCGAAAGGUUUGAUGUAGAGGAUGUGAGAUAUUCAUCUUCAAAGUACCCUGAAGAGAGUCCUUCGAAUUACCAGUUACAGUUAGGGUCCAGUUAUGGUUACGAUGAGCCAGAGAAGAAUAGGAAUGACUCAAGUGGGUUUAAUAAGGUGGAGUAUUAUGAACAAGAUCGAGCAGAGCUUUUGAAGAGAAUUGAUGAGCUGAAGGAUCAAAUUAGUAGGUCUUGUAAUGUAGCCGACAAACCCCAAGAAAAGGUUCCUCCAGACAGGAGGAUAGUUCAUCAGGAUCCUUAUAGUGGUUCUGAGUACUGGAUUCCUGAUGUCUCUUUGGGGUUGAAAAGAGCUUCAAUGCAAUAUCCUGCAGCUGAUAAACAUGUUGCAAGACCUCCUUAUAUUAGUCCUUAUGCAGAACCAUCUCCUUUUUCAAGUAAGCAGGAAAUGCUUAUGCAUAAUUUUUACCCUCCAAUUCAUAGAUCAUAUCAAAGUCAAGGAUUUGGCGAUCCUUUUAGAUCCCAUAUGCCAAGGAGAGUACCCCUCCAAGCACCAGGUCCUUUCCAACAGCAGCCACCUCACCCAUACUAUUCCGGGCUCUAUAUGGACAAUGAUAUGGUCCAGAAGGAUCCAUAUGAAACAUACCCACCUGAUAUGAACCCUCAUCAUCCAUCUUGCUCCUGUUUCCAUUGCUACAACAAAUACCACCAAGUUCCUCCACCUGUUAGAACUACUGGCUUCUAUGACAAAAGGGUUUCAACUGUCCCGAACGACCCGAUGUUCUCUCAUCAUGAACACCUUGGUGCAUUUGGUCCACAACAUUGUAAUAGUAAAAUUUCCAAUCCUCCUCCAUUUAAUAAUCCUAAUCCACAAUUCCAUACAAGAUGGUCCAGUGAUGUUAAUUCUGAAGUGGGUGGAUUUGUUCAUCGCCGUCCUCCAAGGGUAGUGGCGGCCCCUGGUGUGCGGCAUUGCCGCCCCAUAGCUGGUGCUGCUCCAUUUGUGGCAUGUUGCAAUUGUUUUGAAUUGCUGGAAAUGCCUAAGAAAGUUUUGCUCAUGGGAAAAAUUCAAAAGGAGAUGAGAUGUGGGGCAUGCUCUACGGUCAUCCUUUAUGAAGUUACCAACAAGCGACUUCUUGUUUCUGUUGCUGGAGAAGCAAAGAAAACUUUCGCAGAGGUUGAUAAUAGCUCUAAUGUAGUGAAGAAAGAUGGUAAUUCACAUAACCAUGGCCAUCUAACUGGGGCUAGCAUGAACUUUUCAUCCGAGGAUUAUGAUAAUUCCGGUUGUGAUUAUCAGUCAAUGGAUAGAGAACUGGUUUCAUCAUCGACAGCUCAGGGUUUUAACUCAAACAAGUCUGCAGAAAUGAAGAGCCUUCUAGCUACACCUUCCUGUACUUCUGACGAUGAGGACGAUCCAGAGAGUUUGACUGCUGCAAGAAAAAAUGCCAUCUCUGCUGAGCUGCCAAUUAAAGUUGAUGCGUCACCACCAGCUGCUGGUUCACCCCUUCAAGAUCAUUUUGACUACUCUACUAAAUACCAUCGAUCUGGAAAGGGAAAUGUGAGUGGACGCUCUGAACAGGAGAAAGAGAUGCCAAAGAGGGUUGUUUCAUGGCAAAAUUCUAUGAAAGAUUCAUCACUCGCAACUGAGAUUGAUAUAUCAUCCAAUGAGUACUCCAAUACUGGGACAUCUCAAGAUUCAAGUGAAGUGAGUAGAGGAGAAGGUCAACUGAGAGCCAACAAAAGAGCUGAAUCAUUCUUUGGCGGCAUUAUCAAGAAGGGCUUCAGGGACUCUUCUAAAUCUAGUCAAACUGAUGAGGAGGACAGUACCAAUGUUACAGUGAAUGGGCAUCCUAUACCAGAGCGGUUGAUUAAGAAGGCUGAAAAGUUAGCUGGACAAAUCCAUCCUGGACAAUACUGGUAUGAUUCCCGAGCUGGAUUCUGGGGUGUUAUGGGUGGGCCUUGUCUUGGCAUUAUUCCUAGAGCUUCACCCAAAGAUUUGAAUUUGCUUGGAAGUAGAGGGCUCCCAACUGAUGGAGAUAGAUCUUACAUUGUUGAGAUAUCUGGGAGAGUCCUGGAUGAGGACUCUGGUGAAGAGCUUGAAAGUCUUGGCAAACUCGCUCCAACGUAAGCCUCGGUUAUCUGAAUGAUGCUUCCAUUGGUUAUUGAAACUUUAGCUGCCUGAAUUAGUUCUAUUCAUUUCUGCUUCCUAUCGAUUUCCCGCGUCUAAUGGUCACUCGAAUGCCUUUUAGUAUGCUAUUUAAUAAAAGCAUACGCAAUUGGAGCAGUUGAAUACUUUUCCAGCAUCAUGUCAGAUCCUUCAAAUAACAUGUGACUUGAGCCACCGGAUUGAGUUUCAGCCAGUAAAAAUUUUACCUUUCAAAGUGAAAAAUGGGAGUGCCCUUGGGCUUAGAUAUAUCUCACUAGCAGGGCCCUCGGAUGGAUGAGAAUCACUGGACAAUUUGUUGACAUUCUGUCAACAGGUUAACAAUAUUUGUUGCAGAAAUAGAAACUACUAAGAUGCCUUUAACUUGCUGCUGUGACCUAAAGCCAUGCUCCUG